CUUCGUCUACGGUUCUUCUUAUUCUUACAUACCUAUUUUCUAGUCGAGUGUGGGAAUGGGAUUGAUCGAUGCCAUUUACUUAUCUGCGGCCCAUCGGGUAAUCGUGAAUGGCAAUUUCCGUGUCGUAAUGGGGAGUGUAUAGCACGAUAUGACGCCUGCGACGGUAUAUGUUCGGAUGGCUCUGAUGAGUGGAAUUGUGAUCAGUGGAGGUAUUGCUUCAGUGCUGUUUUUAAUGUUAAACCUGUCUUCUACCUAAGCCACUAUGGCUAG